GCUCUGAGCUCCUCUGGUUAAGCCUGAGAAGCGGGAUUGUUAUCAUGCAGCUCCUCUGUUACCAAAAAGCCACCGGUAUGUUAACCAAUGGAUUGAACCACUGACCGUUUUUUUAAUGUACAAUUUAGGCGUUUUAUAUAAUGACACUGUGAAACUCCAAAAGCUGCAUAUAUGUGACGAUAAAAAACGUGUUAAUGUGUUUAUUUCUGAACGAGGUUAGCUUUUAAGUUAGCUAAACAGAGCUACAGCAUUGUCAGCGCUGAUAACUCACCUCUGAGCAUGCAACAAAGAAAAGCUAAAGACGUUUUCAUCGAGCCACACCACAGCCACCUGCAUCAUGACCGGAAGAGCGAACAAAGACAAACUCAGGCGAAGUCUGUCGUUGACAAAGAGCAAGAGGAAAGGCAGUGUCACCGCUGGGAUAUCUGCCAGCGAUGCCACCACGACUCCAAUCACCUCGUUCUUCAGCAGCCAGCCUCCAUCUAAGCUGGCCUGCCCCCUGUGUGGCCAGUUGGUACCAAGAUUCAGGAUCAAUGAGCACAUUGAUUUGCAAUGUCAGAACUUUGAGAGAGGAGACAGCAGUGCCGCCUCAGCAAGUAAUAGUGUUGUGCCAAGCACCCAGCUGUCACCCAGAAGGAAUCCCCCAAAGUCCCCAGAGCUGGAUCGAAAAAAGGAAGAAGAAGAAGAAGAAGGGGUCAAAGAGACCAAGACCAGUCCUUAUUUCAAAAAGAAUAACUCUCAACUGCCACCACGUGAGAUAAACAGCAAAACUGUGGUUAGGACGAUUGACCUGGGAAGCCUCUCCUCCAAGUUAUCUAGAAAGUGUCAUAAGGUACCUGAAAGGACAAAGACAGAUGGUAAACAUGCAACAGUGCACUUUGAAAAGGAGAGCGAUCCUCCUGCGACACUCAGCAGCUCCCAGAAGGAAAAUGUUCUGAUUCAGAGUUUAGAGGACAAAAAAGAUUGUGUGACAGUUAUUGACCUGACAGAAACCAGUGCUGAGACUCCAACAGCAGUGGGAGACCUAUUAUGUUCAGAAAAAGUACUUAAUCAGAAAACACCUACACCAGAGACUUUCCAAAAACUAGUCACUCCAAAGUUACGGUCUACUUCUUCUUCAAAACUAGCAAAGAGGAAAAAGGAAACAACUCCCGAUGGCAAGGCGUCUGGUUUCAGAAAGAAAGCAAAAUUUGAGGGGAACAAGGAGCCAGAGGAGGUGUUGUCUAGUGAGAAUAAGGCAGAAGCAGGAGAUAUGGACUGGCAUAAAACUGAGGUGCCUUCUACCAUUUCUUGUGACCUCCCUCUGAUUUCAGAGGAAGGUGAUAAGAAAAGUGCUGCAGUCAGCAGUAGUGAUUCGCUACCAGAGUUCGUCUCUCAGCAAACCAUCGGUGACCAGGCUGUCGAGAGCCUUCAUCCACCACGACUUCCCUACUACCUCCAUAACUUCCGGACCGUGUUACAGGCUGUCUUGGAGAAUGAGGACGAUAGGGCUCUGUUUAACCAGGAUGAUAUGUCACUCAUACAUGCAUUUGAGAAACUAUCAGUCAUGGGGCAGAAGCUCUAUGUGAGGCUCUUUCAGAGGAAGCUGAAGUGGCUACAAGUAAAUAAACUAGAUUAUGUGGAGAUAUGCAGUGAUCUUGGACCUGUUGCCCAGGAGCUGGCUCAGAGCGGUUUUCUAGAGACAGAGAAUGAUCUUGAGGACCUAGGAGAGGCUCUGGAUCUCCUGCCUGCUCCUGAACUCAAAGCUCUGGCUAAGACCUUCCAUUUGGGCAGUUCUGGGACUCAGAAACAGCAGCUAGUGGACGGGCUUCUUCGUCUGAGCAGGCAAAAGUCCCUCUUCUCUUUCACCCCUGUACAGAACAACACUAAGGCUGUCAUCCUCAAAAGGGCAAAGCAGCUUGCAGGUUCCUGUGUGCGCCUCUGUCGUGGUCCUCGGGCUGUCUUCUCUCGCAUCCUGCUGCUCUUUUCUCUGACCGACACCAUGGAUGAGGAGGAGAUGGCGGCUGGCGGGCAGAACCAGCUUUUCACCAUCCUGUUGGUCAACUCAGGACGUCUGGCCUUCCCGGACUACACGGUGCAACGUAGAGCCAAGGUGUUCCAGGACAGAGAGGACCUGAUCAGAUAUGAAGCAUCCAUGCGAUCCCUGCAAGAGGUAAUCUCAGCUAUGCAGGCAGGUCAGUGGGAGGAGGCCCUAGAGCUUUACACUGCAGCCAAAAGUGCCUGGCAGGAGCUGAGGAAAAGCCAUGACCUCAGUCAUCAGGAAGAGCUGCCUGUGUUCCUGCGCAGCUUCACCACAGGAUGGGCUUACACUCGAAUCUUAUCCAGAGGGGUUGAGAUCUUGCAGAGGCUACGCCAGUAUGAGGAGGCAGUAGAGGAGCUGCGGUCCUUACUGUUGCAGUCUGUUUACUGUCUUGACAGCCGAGGGCGAUGGUGGGACAGACUAGCACUAAACCUUCACCAGCACCUCAAAAAACCAGAGCAAGCUAUUUGUGCAAUUAGAGAUGGGCUGUCAGACUCUCUGGUACGAACAGGACAUAAACUCUCCCUGCAUCAGAGAGCUGUUAGGAUGAAAGAGUCUGCCAGCUUCAAGAAGUAUCGCCUGCAACUCAGAGACUUACCCACUGUUCAUGUCCAAGAUGUCAAGCAUGUGACAAUCCGAGGACAGCUGUUUCCUCAUGAGGGAGGCAUGGGGAAAUCUAGGUUUCUUUUACCAGCGAACGGAGAGGGCACAGAGAGUGCUGAUGCCACUGUAAUAUGUUCUGUGGAGGAACUGUCUUUAGCACAUUACCGCCAACAGGGUUUUGACCAAGGGAUCCAUGGUGAGGGUUCAACAUUCUCAACAUUAUUUGCCCUUUUGCUGUGGGAUAUCAUUUUUAUGGAGGGUAUUCCAGACGUUUUCCGAAACCCAUACCAGACGUGUCCACUGGACCUUUAUACUGACUGUUUCUACGAGAACAGAAAGGAGGCGAUUGAUUCUCGUGUUCAGUUAGUCAGUGGGGCGUCUGUGGAGACACUACACAGCAUGUUGGAGGAUGUGUGGACCUCACAGGAGGGUAAAGUGUGCUCACUGGUAAACUGGGAGCGUUUCUCAUCCCUUCAACAGGCACAGUCACUCGUGUCUUGCCUGGGUGGAGCCUUCUUAGGAGGAGUAAUAGUAAGAAUGUCAAAAGACUAUAGACACUGCCGUGGAGGUUUGCCUGAUCUAGUGGUGUGGAACACCUCAAAUAACACCUACAAGUUGGUGGAGGUAAAGGGGCCCAAUGACCGGCUGUCCCAGAAGCAACAGAUCUGGCUGGAUGAGCUGCAGAAACUGGGGGCUGAUGUGGAGGUGUGUCACGUGGAGGCUACUGGAGCCAGAGGAGCUCGUCUGGAAUAAAGAGACAGAAGAAAUGACUGAUAAGAUUUUGCUGCUAAUUAAGUGUCAUAAAAAAGAAACCUCAACAGAAAGACUGAAAAACAUGAAUUGGGUGCUUUUUUUGAUUCUGGUCAUGAACAAAGCCUGUUGAUGAUUAUCCCUAAGAGCUCCAUUAAUCUCACAUAUACACCAGUCAGCCACAACAGUAAAAACUAGUCACUAAUUUUAAUCUUGUGGCUGUUGGGUAUAUAUCUGAUUUAAUCCUAUAUGAAUAUAGGGAAUGUUGUGGCAAGUAGUGUGCUUUGUGAAUGUGGUAUUAUCAUCAAGAAAACCACUGCCUUCAACAGGAAGCGGUGCAUCAUGAGAUGAUCAUCACUGAGAAUUGCCAGGAUCAGAAAUAGGUUACAGAUAAUCUGAGCUGAUGCAUGACAGGAAAUGGAUCCAACGACCACACAGAACCAAUGGAGUUUCCUUCUCUUUGGCAAUGCUAUAUUCUCAGGAUCUUGGGUUGCCAAGCAACGUAAAUGUUUAGUUGGCUGCUUAUGAAUUGUGUGACAGCUCUAUGGGUUUCUUAUGCAAGUAAUUAUUGUGAUAAUAUGGCUAUAAAUAUUCAGUUUUGCCACUACUCUAUCAGAAAAAAACAGCAGUUGGUACCAAAAAACAAAAUAAUUGGGCUGCAAUUGAAAAUUAUUGUUUUCGUUAUCGAUUAAACUGCUGUUUGUUUUCUGUUGGUCUGUGUCUGGAAAUGGUGGAAAUAUGCCAUCACAAUUUCCCAGAGCUCAAGAUGGCAUGAUUAUAUUGUUUGUUUGGUCUCAUUAGCAGUCAUUUUACUACAAGAAAUGUCAAACAGACAAACACAAUUUAGACACUAGACCUUGGAAAUGCUUUAGCAUUUUUGUCUGACUGAAAUGAUGACUUUGUGUAUGAUGUAAAAAUACUAAAUCUGCUGUUGGUCUAAAAUAAAAUGGCAAAAGAAGUA